AAACAGAGAGAAAAUUCAGCAGCCGCCCAGUUAUUUCCUGUCCCACCCAAAGACCCGAGCAGAGCAGCGGCACUGGGAACAGACUGGGAUCAGACUGGUCUGACUGGGAUCGCCUCUCUGCUCAGCCUACAGUUUGAAGCUUUUAUUUUGAAGAGUCCGCUCAGUUUGACAACCAGGAGAAACUUUUCUCUGCAGCUCUGGACCUGGUUCUCUUCUCUAAGCGGACGGGUCAGAACUGGACGGGUCAGAACCGGACUGGACCUCCAUCAGAACCAGGUUCUGGUUUUGGACCGGCUGGGAACCCGGAUGGAUCCGGUGAAGGAGGACAUGGAGCUGCUGAGCAACAGCAUGGCCGCCUACGCUCACAUCAAAGCCAAUCCAGAGAGUUUUGCUCUUUACUUCAUGAUGGGCGUCUCGUUCGGACUCUUCGUGGCGCUCUGCCUCCUGGUGGCCGCCAUCGCCUGCAGGUCCCGGCGCCACCGCAGGGAUCCUCCGGCCCCCGACAGGCGGCACCUCAAAGAGUCCAGCGACGAAGAGGAGGAAGAGGAGGAAGAGAGCAUGUUUGAGGAAGACCGGGCGGAGUCCGAGGGGAAGGUGGCGCUGGGGCCCUUGAGUGACCGCAGCAGCCAGUCCAACGGGACCCUGAGGAGCCUCGACGUCUUCACAUCCGCAGAGGAGCUGGAGAAGGCCCGGCGCCUGGAGGAGCGGGAGCGGAUCGUCCGCGAGAUCUGGAGGAACGGACAGCCGGACGUCAUAGUGACCGGGACAGGAACCAUUGGCCGGGUCCAUUACCGCUAACUGGGACAAAAACGACCAGAGGGUCUAUUACCGCUAACGCUAACCGGAACAAAAACGAUUCGCUAAUGCUAACCGGGACGAUUGGAGGAGUAAAAUUGCCACUGUUCUGUUCUGUUCUGGAGAUGAAGUUCUCCAGAACCCCCAGGGUCCAGAAGGAUUUUCUUCUUCUGCUGCAGUGAGACUGAAACUGCUUCCUGGGAAUCAUUGGGAGUAAACAACUUUCUGACUGCAGUUUGUUUUUCUUUUCCCAGCUUGUUUACCGCAUCACUUCCUGUGUUCCAGUUCUGACCGGGCCCUCUGGGGCCUCCGGGGCCCAGACUGGGCGGGAUGUUUCUCAGGACCCUCCUGUGUCUCAGAGCAAAGAUCCAGGAAAUGGAGGAUCAUA